GUUUAAACUAGAAAUGAAACCCAUGAUGAUGCUAUAUAAAGGAGCCUUCACAAUAUCAAACUUGAUCAAUAAUCAUAGCUAAGUAAAAGAAAGAAGAUAUCAGUCUUCUAUAAAGAAAUGGAAAAUUUAGGGUUUCUAAUAAUUUCGACCUUUUUGCUUCUAUUUACAACUCUUCUCCCUUAUUCUUCGGCUUCAACCACUCGUCGAUUUCACUUUAAUGUCGAAUGGAAGAAGGUAACUCGAUUGUGCCACACCAAACAACUUCUAACGGUGAACGGACAAUAUCCAGGACCGACCGUGGCAGUACACGAAGGUGACAUCGUAGAAAUCAAAGUGACUAACCGGAUUGCUCACAAUACAACUAUUCAUUGGCAUGGGUUAAGGCAAUACCGGACCGGUUGGGCUGAUGGACCGGCUUACAUAACGCAAUGUCCGAUAAGAUCGAAACAAUCAUAUACAUAUAGAUUCAAAGUGGAGGAUCAAAGAGGCACACUCCUUUGGCAUGCUCAUCACUCAUGGCAACGAGCCUCCGUCUACGGCGCUUUCAUCAUCUAUCCGCGGCAGCCUUAUCCCUUUUCCGGCAGCCAUAUCCAAUCCGAAAUUCCCAUUAUACUUGGUGAAUGGUGGAAUGAUGACGUGGACAAUGUUGAGAAAGCGAUGAUGAAGACCGGAGCUGGGGCUAAAGUUUCCGACGCUUACACCCUUAACGGGCUUCCCGGCCCACUUUAUCCAUGUUCUACCAAAGAUACUUUCACGGCGACCGUAGACGCCGGAAAAACCUACAUCCUCCGCAUAAUCAAUGCAGCUCUAAACAACGAGCUCUUCGUCGCUGUAGCGAAUCACACGCUAACUGUAGUCGAAGUCGACGCGGUUUACACCAAACCGGUUCAUACCAAAGCAAUCAUGAUCGCUCCCGGUCAAACCACCACCCUUCUUCUCCGCGCCGACCAACUCUCCGGCGGUGAAUUUCUCAUCGCCGCAACUCCUUACGUCACUUCCGUCUUUCCUUUCAACAACUCAACCACCGUAGGAUUCAUCCGUUACACCGGUAAAACCAAACCGGAAAAUUCCGUAAACACACGGCGGAGACGGCGAUUAACGGCAAUGUCGACAGUCGUAGCUCUCCCGAAUAUGCUGGAUACGAAAUUCGCGACGAAAUUCUCCGAUAGCAUCAAAAGUCUGGGAUCAGCGAAGUAUCCAUGUAAAGUCCCGACGAAGAUAGACAAGCGAGUGAUCACCACGAUAAGUCUCAAUCUCCAGGAUUGUCCGUUAAAUCAGACCUGCGACGGUUACGCAGGGAAGAGAUUCUUCGCAUCAAUGAACAACAUCUCAUUUGUCAGACCUCCGAUAUCGAUCCUCGAAAGCUACUAUAAGAAACAGAGCAAAGGAGUUUUCUCACUCGAUUUCCCAGAGAAACCACCGAACAGAUUCGAUUUCACGGGAGUAGAUCCGGUAUCGGAAAACAUGAACACAGAAUUCGGUACGAAGCUUUUCGAAGUCGAAUUCGGAUCGAGAUUAGAGAUCGUGUUUCAGGGAACGAGUUUCUUAAACAUCGAGAAUCAUCCUUUACAUGUACACGGACACAAUUUCUUCGUAGUGGGAAGAGGAUUUGGGAAUUUUGACCCGGAGAAGGAUCCGAAAAGGUACAACUUGGUGGAUCCGCCGGAGAGGAAUACUUUUGCAGUGCCGACGGGAGGAUGGGCGGCGAUUAGGAUAAAUGCGGAUAAUCCAGGAGUUUGGUUUAUUCACUGUCAUCUAGAACAACAUACUUCGUGGGGUUUAGCAAUGGGGUUUAUCGUCAAAGAUGGACCUCUUCCUUCACAAACUCUGCUUCCUCCUCCUCAUGAUCUUCCUCAGUGUUAAAAAAUGUCUUCUAUUAUUAUUACCUGGUUUUGUUAGGGUUUUGGUUUCGCUAAUUAAGAGUGUUUAAAUAUAAAUAUAGAUUGUCUUUUUUGGUUUUAAUUGUCAAAAUGGUUUGUGAAUUCUUAAUAGAAACAUAUUUUCCAAAUA